AUGUACCCAAACCAUGUUCUGCUUUCGUGUAAAGCGAAUUGGAGUCAUCUUCGCUCACUAUGCAUCUUGGCUGCUCGAAUAGCGGCCUCCAGAACACUCGUCAUCACUAUUCUCGUGGCCGAUGUUGACGAAAUUGUGCAUAGAGUCACACAAGAACUUGCAAGGAGCAUGCGAGAAGAGGAGAUAGCAGAUGGGACUGAAGUCAGGGUUGUCGGUUUAUUUACAGAUGAUACAAAGAACGGUGGUCUUGACGAUUCUUUCCGUCUUGCCUGGAAGUCUCUUAUGAGCCAAAAGGCUAUUCGAUGUGCACAUACAUCGAUUGAAGCAGCAGCGGCAUCUAGACCGUCGCUUGUUAUCUUGGAUGGAUUUCAGUUAUCCUGGCUGAAAAUAAUCCGUGCCGACGUCUCUCCUCCACCCGUUUUCCAGUGGAUGAUGGCGUUCUCUGGUGGUCUUCUGUAUAUGUGUGGGCCUGCUGACCUGGGCGGACGAGGUGGCCAGCCUGCGCUGCAUGAUCAACACAAUUGUACAGAUUUUGUCCGAAUCCCUGGAUUGCCGCCAAUGACAUGCAUAGAGUUGAACCCACAGGACGUAGGAGAUAAGAGAAGCAAAAUUCAGAUGGCUGAGGCGACUAUGGCCGAAUUCCUGGAAGAGGCCGACGGCCUUCUGACUACUUGUGCGUCCGCGUAUGAUGACAAAGAGAGUUUGGAAAGUAUCACUAAAUGGAUCGCUCGUCGAAACAAGCGUAUGACGUUUCAUAUUGGUCCGAUGCUACCUUUGAUGCCUGCUAACCGUAUUACGAUGAAGAUUCUUGCUCAUGCGCAUCCGGAUGCCAAAAUUCCCGAAAACAUGAUCACCGAGUUCCAAACUUUGGGACAUGGUCUAUUCCUACCAUUUGCACCACAACAAGCGGUACUAGCUCACGAGGCUUGUGGUUGGUUUGUUACACAUGGAGGAGCCAAUGGGGCAGUAGAAGCUUUGAGUCAAGGAGUCCCAUUAAUCGGGUGGCCUUUUGCAGUAGACCAGCCGUUGAACGUAGCCUACAUGGCGCGGACACUUGACGUCGGAUUUGAAUUAACGACACCACGUACUGGGUCCUGCCCCUUAGCGAGGGGUAGCUCAUCCGAGCCAUCACCUACUCUCGAUCAAUACAAAUCCGAACUUGAAUGCGUACUAGAUGCAACGCAAAAGAAGAUUGGGAAGAGAAAAAGAGAAAAUGCUCAGAGAAUUGGAAGCAAUCUAGCCCUUGCCUGGUCGAGGAAUGGGGGCAGGGCAAGAGAAGAAUUGCAGAGAUUCUUAGACAAACUUCAGAUAUAA